AUGCGGUCACUGACGGAGGAGGAGACGAAGAAGCUGUUCGACAAGCUAGCGCAGUAUAUUGGGCCCAAUACAACGCAUCUGUUAGAGCGCAAGGGCGAGGAAGAGGAACAUGUAUUCAGGCUGCACAAGAGCCGCAUAUGGUACAUGCCGCUGCGCCUCGCCAAGCUUGCCAGCUGCGUGGCAAAGUCGAAUCUGAUGGGUAUUGGUGUACUCUUCGCAAAGGUAACCCACAACGGACACAUCCGCAUUCAGGUGACGGCGCUGGAGUACAUUGCCCAGUAUUCCCUUUUUAAGGUGUGGGUAAAGCCGAACCAGGAGCAGAAGUUUCUCUACGGCGGUCACGUCACACGCACCGGUCUUGGCCGCAUCACGGAGUCGACGCCAAAGUACCAAAAGGUGGCGGUUUUCUCCAUGGGGGAUGUGCCGCUGGGGUUUGGUGUGGCCGCGCUGGGGACGCUGGAGUGCAGAAAGUGCGAAAUGAACAGCACAGUUUUGUUCCAUGAGGCGGAUGUGGGGGAGUACCUCCGCAACGAGGCAACGCUGACAUGA